UCUGCAGCACCCAGAGCAGAGCAGCGGGGACAGCACAGUCACAGCCAUCCUGCCCUUGCUGCAUCAUGGCACUUGUCCUGCUGGUCCCGCUUGCCGUGGGGCUGCUGGCCAUCUCCUGCCACGCUGCUCCUCUGCAGAGCAAGACGCAGGCGCUCGUCACCUUCCCCGGGGAGCUGGUCAGCACCCUGUCAGACGUGGAGCUGGCAGAGAGGUACCUACUGCGCUUUGGCUAUGCAACGGAGGUGGAGACGAAGGCAGGCAACAAGCACGUGUCCCUGGCCAAGGCACUGCGCAGGAUGCAGAAGAAGCUGGGGCUGGAGGAAACGGGGGAGCUGGAUGCCAGCACGCUGGAGGCCAUGCGAGCCCCCCGCUGCGGGGUCCCGGACGUGGGAACCUUCCUCACGUUCGAGGGGGACCUCAAGUGGGACCACAUGGACCUGACGUACCGGGUGAUGAACUACUCCCCUGACCUGGACCGGGCUGUGAUCGAUGAUGCCUUCAAGCGGGCGUUCCAAGUGUGGAGUGAUGUGACCCCGCUCACCUUCACCCAGAUAUACAGCGGCGAGGCAGACAUCAUGAUCAUGUUUGGCAGCCAAGAGCACGGGGACGGGUACCCCUUCGAUGGCAAGGAUGGGCUCUUGGCCCACGCCUUUCCCCCGGGCCAGGGGAUCCAGGGUGAUGCCCACUUUGAUGAUGACGAGUUCUGGACGCUGGGAACCGGUUUAGUGGUGAAGACCCGCCAUGGGAACGCCAAUGGCGCCGACUGCCACUUCCCCUUCACGUUCGAGGGCCGCUCCUACUCGCGGUGCAUCACGGAGGGGCGCAGGGACGGGCUGCCCUGGUGUGCCACCACCGCCAGCUACGACCGCGACAAGAAGUACGGCUUCUGCCCCAGCGAGCUGCUCUACACCAACGGCGGCAACAGCGACGGGGCCCCCUGCGUCUUCCCCUUCAUCUUCGACGGCAGCUCCUACGACACCUGCACCACGGCCGGGCGCUCCGAUGGCUACCGCUGGUGUGCCACCACCGCCAACUUCGACCAGGACAAGAAAUACGGCUUCUGCCCCAACCGAGACACGGCAGUGAUCGGCGGCAACUCCCAGGGCGACCCGUGUGUCUUCCCCUUCACCUUCCUGGGGGAGUCCUACAGCGCCUGCACCAGCCAGGGCCGGCAGGAUGGCAAGCUCUGGUGUGCCACCACCAGCAACUACGACACUGACAAGAAGUGGGGCUUCUGCCCAGACAGAGGUUACAGCAUCUUCCUGGUGGCUGCCCAUGAGUUUGGGCACUCGCUGGGGCUGGACCACUCCAGCGUGAGAGAGGCCCUGAUGUACCCCAUGUACAGCUACGUCCAGGACUUCCAGCUGGACCCAGAUGAUGUCCAGGGCAUCCAGUACCUCUAUGGUCGAGGCUCUGGCCCCAAGCCCACAGCCCCUGUGCCUGUACCCACUGAGGAGCCCCAGCCCAUGCCCACAGAAGCUGGCAGCACCUCCACCACCCAGGAGGAGGAGGAGGAGGAGACACCAGAGCCCACAGCUGAGCCCAUUCCUGUGGAUCCAAGCCGAGAUGCCUGUGCUGAGAAAAACUUUGAUGCCAUCACCGAGAUCAACGGGGAGCUGCAUUUCUUCAAGGAUGGGAAAUACUGGACCCAUUCGUCCUUCUGGAAGUCGGGUAUCCAGGGAGCCUUCUCCGUCGCAGACACCUGGCCUGGCCUCCCGCCUGUCAUCGACGCCGCCUUCCAGGACAUGCUCACCAAGAGGGUCUUCUUCUUUGCAGGUCGGCAGUUCUGGGUGUUUUCUGGCAAGAGUGUGCUGGGCCCCCGGGGCAUUGAGAAGCUGGGCAUCGGGAAGGACGCCGGGCGCAUCACGGGGGCCCUGCAGCGCGGCCGCGGCAAAGUGCUGCUCUUCAGCGGGGAGAGCUACUGGAGGCUGGAUGUGAAGGUGCAGAGGGUGGACAAGGGUUACCCCCGUGCCACUGACGACUUCUUCACUGGUGUCCCCCUUGACGCACACAACGUCUUCCUCUACCAAGACAAGUACCACUUCUGCCGGGGCAGCUUCUACUGGAGAAUGACGCCGCGCUAUCAGGUGGACCGUGUGGGCUAUGUCAAGUACGACAUCCUGCAGUGCCCCCAGCACUGAGGACACGACUGGCCACCCGGCUCUGGCCAGCGCACUGCUCCCUGCACAUUGCUCCCAAACCCCAGGCUCGCAGCCUGGUCCCCCGGGGUGCUGGAGGCCGUGCAACCUUACGGCCGUGGGACAGUCCCAGCUGGGGGAGGGUUUAGCUGUCUCCCUGGCAGAAAGAGGUGAGUUGUCCUGAGGUCACCCCUGGGGAGCUGCUCGGCCCAAGGAUCCCCAUCUGGGGAGCAGGACUCUUGCUGCAGCAGGCGUUGUGCCCCCCCUGCCAGCGUCGGCUCUGCUGCGCAGAGGCGUUUGCCUGGUGCAAACCACACACAGAUUUGGAAGAACUGUAUUUUCCUCAAGCCAGCUGUGCUGUGUAGGGCCAGGCUCAGCUGGGAGCUGACGCCUGGGGAGAGAGCCGGGACACAGGGCUCUACCUUGCUCCUGCUGCUGCCUGUUCUGCAGCCUCCACCUGCCCCUUGUGAAUAAAGAGAAUCCUUUGGA